UGGCAGCAGUACCGCGGUAUUGGAGCGUAGACCAGUUUUACUAGACCGCGCGGAUAUUUUAAAUUCGGUGUAAACAUGGCUUCGAGAAAUCGUUGAAACAACCCGUGUUUUAUAAACAUUUUCGGAGGAUUUUUGAGUUCACCGUGCGUGUGAUGUUGCACGUGCCAUUCGGUAUCUACAAAACGGCACGAGUUAUGAACAUAAAUUGAAUCUGUGGACAUCGAAAACGAAACAAAACGACAAAAUGACAAGUAAUGCAGACUUAAGCAUGAACCACACUCCACCAGCGAAACAAAGGCCAUUGAGUGUGGAACUACAGCAAGUAAUUGAGGAGAAAAAUUUACUUAACACAGAAAAUAGAUGCAAAGUGAUCAGUGCUUUAAGCGAGAUAAAUGGGCACCAGAUCUUGCACACAUCUUUGAGGUCAAGGGCCACACAAGAAAUUCUGUCUUCAGAGCUAAGCUAUGUUAAACAAAUAGAAACCAUCAUGAAGUAUUUUAUGGGACCAAUUAAAGUAAGAAGAAUGAUGUCAACUGAGAAUUUCACCACUAUUUUUGGACAAAUUGAGACUGUUUACAAUGUUGCUGGUGCUCUGGUGCAAGAGCUGCAGAGUUGUAAGGACGAGAACUUGGCACCGGCUUUUGUGCGAUUAGCUCCAUUCCUAAAAAUGUACUCUGUGUAUACCUGCGGAUAUCAAAAAGCUACAGCAACCCUACAAAGCCUGAGGUCUGGAAAGCAUGGUCUCGCUUUGCACACAUUCCUCCAAAGCCAAGAAUCAAGGCCUGAGGUGAGCUCCACUCUUCAGUCUCUGCUGAUCGCCCCUGUGCAGAGACUGCCUAGAUAUAGACUGCUCCUUAAAGAGGUCACCGCCCACACCCCCGAGGAUGAUCCUCAGCUUAAAACUCUGCAAGAGGCACUGAAGAGUGUAGAGGCCAGUGCCGCUCGCGUAGACGCCCUUAUCAGCGAACAAGAACAGUUUGAGCGUCUUGUUGACCUGCAAGAAAGUCUUCUCGACAACUGGCCUCAGGUUAUUAAACCUGGCAGAACCUUUCUUAAAGAGGGUUAUUUCAUGAAGGUCACCAAAUGUGGCACGAAAGCUCUACAAGUCCACUUGAUACUCUUAUCAGACAUGUUUCUGUGCUGCCGAGUCCGUUCAGGACAGCUUGAUUGUCGAUACGCUUUUCCGUUGGAAAGGACCAGUAUCGAAACUAUUCUCGGGCAAGCUGUGUUUAAAGUUGAAUGUGGCACAGAAACUCUCCUACUCUUUGCUAAGAACCAAGACGAAGGAGAACAAUGGACAUCCCUAAUGAACAAAAUUAUCAAUGAGGUGAAAACAUCAAGACAAACGCUAAGAAAACCAACGUGUAAGAAGCGACUCCCAAAACGCAUAGAGGAUCUAGAGGAGGGCUGUUCGCCCUGUGCUAAAGUGUCUAAGGGAAAAUUUCGGAAGAGAAAACAGUCAUCACCUAGCAGUUCAACAACUUCAUUGAAUACCAAGAUUUUCGUUCCAAACACACGCUACUUUUCCCGCCUAUCACCUAGUCCUCCUAAAGACAGUAUGUACCCUCUGAGGAAGCAGCAGGCGCUGGAGGCGCACAAAGCCCUCAAUUCCUCCACUUCUUGUUUCACUCCAAAGAGAAUGAAAAAUGCAAGCAUCAACCGGCCAGAGAUGGAGGAGACCAAAACACAACCUAGAAGUCUGCAUUUUGGACCAAAUGCCGAAUCUAAUGAAGAGAGUGCGGCCAACCAGUUGGCUGUUCCGAAGGCAAAAAGCGUUGCGUUGACAAAGCAUUGCGUUGAUGUCGUGCGAAACAUAUCCUACUUUUUCUCAUCAGUGUUCAAAAAAUAGUUCCUGGCUCUAUGUUAGUAGAAGUAACUUAAGUUGAGAUGGAAUCUCAUUUCUUGUACCACUGCCUUUUACUUAUAACCAUGAUAAUACUCAAAUACCUUCGAUUAUAUUUAGUUAUUAUGUAGUGUACUUUUAAUUAGCCAAUUUCUGUGCUAUGUGAGGGAAGUCUGUUUCUCGAGUAUUAUAACCAAAAUUAGUUCUUCAAAGUUCAAAUAAUACCUCGAGAGUAUAGGUUUACAAUUGACUUCCAUCGAUUACUUACCACGCAUACUGACAGUUACGAAUUUUCAUAAUGCGACACUUAAUGAGUAAUAAAAAAUUCGAAAUUGUGACCUUUAUAAAUCAAAAUCAGUUUCCUUUUCUUCAGCAGUCCAGUUCCAUAUAUACAGCAGGACUGAUUUUAUUUUCCCUAAUAUAAAAUAUGUCUUGCACAUUUAUACAUGACGUUGACAAUUAGUGUAACAUUACAUAUAAAUGUAUAACUCUUAAGCUGAAAAUGAAACCCAAUUUUGCAAUAAAGCAACUUUCAGAAUA